AGUUCACAAAACCUUUCUAUCCUCCAGCCUCGAAUCAUUUAUGCAAGCAAGCAUCAUACUCAUCAUACCCAAGAGGUUGCCAACACCGGCCGGUCCCCAUCACCCUCCCUUUAGGCGAACAGAGUUUAAUGGAUGAGUUAAGUGAAACAACAGCAGGUGGCGUGAGUGAAGGAAAUAGAAAUUUGGUGUUUGCCGUGAAUGGGGAAAGGUUUGAGCUCCCAAGUGUCGACUCUUCCACUACUUUGCUUCAUUUUUUGCGAUCCCAGACCCGUUUCAAGAGCCCCAAACUUGGCUGUGGUGAAGGUGGCUGUGGAGCAUGUGUAGUCCUUCUCUCAAAGUAUGAUCACGUGAAUGAACGAGUAGAAAAUCACACAGUCGGCUCAUGCCUCACCCUCCUUUGCAGUAUAAAUGGUUGUUCAGUUACAACAAGUGAAGGCAUUGGAAACACUAAGCAUGGCUUCCACCCAAUUCACCAAAGAUUUGCCGGUUUCCAUGCUUCUCAAUGCGGCUUCUGCACUCCCGGAUUGUGCAUUUCACUGUUCUCUGCUCUUCUCGAUGCUGACAACCACCUUCAUCGGCCCGAUCCCCUGCCGGGAUUCUCCAAGCUAACCGCCUCUGAAGCCGAAAGGGCAAUUGCAGGGAAUCUUUGCCGCUGUACCGGGUAUCGUCCUAUAGCUGAUGCUUGCAAGAGUUUUGCAUCUGAUAUUGAUAUUGAAGAUUUGGGUUUCAAUUCUUUUUGGAAAAGGGAGGACAAAGAUAUUAGGGAAGUGAAAAUAAAAAAAUUGCCAUUUUAUUAUCCAAGUAGCAAUAUCUGUGUAUAUCCCGAAUUUUUGAAAACUGAAUUCAAGUCUGCUAUUCAGUUGGGCUUCCAAAGACACCCUUGGUAUUCCCCUGUUAGUUUGGAGGAGCUACAAGGUUUGUUGGGCAGUAAAGUAGCUGAAAACGGUGAACGCAUCAAGCUUGUUGUUGGUAAUACUGGAACAGGCUAUUAUAAAGAACCUGAAGAAUAUGACUUAUACAUUGACCUUAGGCAUAUCCCGGAUCUCUCGGGGUUUAAGAGGGACAACAUGGGAAUUGAAGUUGGAUCCGCGGUUACCAUAUCUAAACUGAUAUUGAUCUUUAGGGAUGCACCUAAAGAUGAUUCACACUCAUCAGGCGAGAUCAUCUUUAAAAAAAUUGCUGACCAUAUGGAGAAAAUUGCUUCAGGCUUCAUUAGAAACACGGCUAGCAUUGGGGGUAAUUUGGUUAUGGCACAUAAGAAAUGGUUCCCGUCUGAUAUAUCUACUUUGCUUCUUGCACUGGGGUCAAGUGUUACUAUAAUGACGGGAGCCAAACGUGAGAAGCUCACACUGGAGGAGUUCUUUAAUCGACCAGAGUUUGACUCGGCAAGGACCGUGCUGCUAAGCGUGUGGGUCCCGUUUUGGACACCAAUGAAAACUGGUGGCCACACAUUGCUUUUUGAAUCAUACCGGGCCUCACCCCGACCCCUUGGAAAUGCAUUGGCGUAUGCAAAUGCUGCCUUCUUGGCUGACGUUAAUCUGACCGAAAAUGGGUAUUUGGUAAACUUUAUUCACUUGGCUUAUGGAGCGUUUGGGACAAAACAUGCAGUCCGGGCAAGAAAGGUUGAGGAUUAUCUAACGGGGAAAAUAAUAAAUGUCAAUGUUUUGUAUGAAGCAAUUAAACUAGUAAAGGUAACUGUGGUUCCUGAAAGGGGAACAACUUACCCCGAGUUCCGAUCAAGCUUAAUUGCUGGUUUUCUUUUCAAGUUCUUUCAUGGCUUCAUUGGUGUUGAUCCUGCUUUUGUUGAAGAUGAGUCAAAAGUAAUUACUUACAAUAAAUACUUUUGUGCAAGUGACAAACAAGCGUUGAUAUCCUCUGCAAAGCAGUCUGUGGAAUCCACUAAGGAGUACUAUCCAGUAGGUGAACCAAUAAUAAAAUCCGGAGCUGCCAUCCAAGCUUCUG